CUUGCCAGACGCCAGACGGCGAGACGAGACCCCCAGAUGGAGAGUGAAAAUGCUUUGAAACGUAAACACCGCAGAAGGGGUGGGGCGAGCGCUUCUGUACAUAUAGUACGUAGUAGCGUGUGUGGUGUUUAUUUAUAAGUUGUACACACUGACUAGGCGGCGGACUUGUUAUUUGUUUACGUUCCUUUGCCGCGAGUAGUAAUCGUUUUUCUAGUGAAGUUCAGGUGGUGGAAGGCAUUUCAGAGAAAGCUGUAAGGUUUGUGGAAAAUGCCGGUUUCGACGCGAAUAGUGGACGGAAAGCAUGUGCAACGGUGUUUCCAAAAAUUGGCGGAGUAUCGUCGCAGUAAUAAGUUCUGCGACAUAAAAUUGUGGAUCGAUGGACGAGAAAUUAGUGCGCAUAGAACGGUGCUGGCAGCGUGCAGCUCAUUCUUCGAGGCGAUGUUCGAUGAUUCAUUUUUUGAACGUCAUCAAAACAGCAUCGAACUCCGACAUGAUACUACCUUCGAGGUGAUGUGGACGAUAAUUGAAUUUCUAUACUCUGGUAUAUUGGUGUUUCCUCCGGAAGAAGCCGUUAUGAUUAUAAAAAACCUCGAUUACUUGGGGAUAGAAUGCGAGACUUUAUUGAACAAAAUGCUAAACGAUGAGAACUGUGUUCAGUUGUAUGUGCUAACAGAUGAAAUUGAGCGAAUGGAUUUAAAGGAAAUCGCAAUCGGCUACAUUCGAGAGAAUUUGAAACAAAUUAUUAACAACAGUGCAUUUAAAGAGCUCACCAAGAAUCAGUUGCAAUAUAUACUGAGCAGGGUCGACAAUCCAGACGCUGAUGUAAUGUACGAGAUCGCAAUUCAAUGGCUAAAACAUGAUGAACAAAGAAGAGGUAGUUUUUCGGAGCAGAUUCUACAAUAUGUACCUGUGGAUGAUUUAUCACUUAGUCUGAUAAGUAAUCAAAUCAUGAACGAAGAAUUCCUGAAGACAAACAGCGGCGGGUGUCGAUGGCUCAUGUCAUCACUAAUGGACAAUCGUACCCGAUUCUCAGUCAGCGUUUUGGAAAAACGUGCAAUAUUCUACAUAAUGUCGCGUGGGCUUCAAACGUAUAUGUAUGAAUUCAAUGAGUUAGAAGGUUCGUUAAUCAAGGCACAUUACCGUCCAGAAUUAUCGUAUAGUUCGAUGACUAUGUACAAAAAUAUGAUCUACGUUGUUGGGGGCUACCGCGGUUCUGUGCUCUCAGAUGUGGGUCUACGGUACGAUACAAAGGAUAGGGUCUGGACAGAGUUCAAAUGUAAAGUCGGAAAAAUUUGCUGUGGUACUUGUACAAGGCACAAUCAGAUGCUUUUGAUUGGAGGUUUGAUUGAAGGAGUUUUCCAGUCGUCGUGCUCCUCAUAUGACUAUGAUAUUGGACGAUGGAUAGAGUUGCCUAAUUUAACGCAAAGGAGAAGUCGACCUGGCGUGUCUGUUUACAAUUCAUCUAUCUACGUCUUUGGAGGAAUCGAUGCAAAUGAUUAUCCCAAAAUUAUUGAGCGCUAUGAUCCACGAGAAGGUCAAUGGUUCAACGCUGGCGUUCUCGAUUUUAGAUCGGGCUGCAGUUCGGCGGUGCUAUCGGAUUCCAUUUAUUGUUUGAAGACGGGUACAAAAGACUUAGUUCGAUAUGAUCCAAGAAUCUUGCAUCAUACACCGAUUUAUUCACUUUCUGUGAACAGCCGCUCCAUUGGUACUCGAGACGAUGUGCUGUACUUAUUAAAUAACAAAGGUAUGGAAAGUUACGCCGCAGGAAAAGACAGCUGGGCAAAGAUUUUGGCUUACACAUUUGAUGAUCAUCCAAUUUUCGUUGUUUAGAAUGUUAAUGUCGCUUAUUUUUUAAGUAAUUAAAGUUAAAAUAUUUACAAAAUAA